GCGAAAGGUGAGUGAUGGAGAAAAGAUUGAGCCUCAGCCAUUUCAAUUGGUAGCACUUUCCUUCAGUUUUUUAUUUAUUUGAAAAGCUUUCCUAUAAACCAGGCAAAGGCUGAUCCAGAGAAGACUGCUCACAGACCACCUUCCCCUUUCACUCUUUUCUACUUUGGAGGAACCACAAGCACACAACACACUGACCCAGAAACCAAGAAUCGAUUCCAUCAAUUUAACUAACACAAACCCAAUUUACCCAUUUCUUUUUUAUCUUACUUCCUUCGUUAUUACUCCAAGAUUCUUCUUGAUUUUGAAACUCCAGGCCUUCACAGACCCACAAAAAUGGCGCUCAAUAUGGGGAGAUGUGUUCUUAGAUCUGGGUAAACGACAUAUUUCAAGUUUCAGCAACAAAGUACUCAUAAUUCAAGCUUUCUUCAAAACAGCUCAUUAGUUUGUGAUCAGCACAAACCUUCCUGAUGCAAGCUUGAUGGAACCCUCAAAUGGAAGUAAUGGUCCCAUUAGCAACCCGAAUUUGGCCUCGAAGCAGAGACUGCGAUGGACGCAUGAUCUUCACAACCGAUUUGUUAAUGCAGUGGCACAACUUGGUGGUCCAGAUCGUGCUACACCCAAAGGUGUUCUUAGAGUAAUGGGUGUUCAAGGUUUAACAAUAUACCACGUCAAAAGCCAUCUGCAGAAAUAUCGACUUGCAAAAUACCUUCCCGACUGCUCAUCUGAUGGAAAAAAGGCUGACAAGAAGGAUUCUAGUGACAUUCUAUCAAAUAUCGACAGCUCGUCUGGAAUGCAAAUUACCGAAGCACUUAAGCUGCAGAUGGAAGUCCAGAAGCGACUGCAUGAACAAUUAGAGGUGCAGAGACAGCUUCAGUUACGGAUUGAGGCCCAAGGCAAGUACCUAAAGAAGAUAAUUGAAGAGCAACAAAAACUCAGUGGGGUUCUUUCAGGAGCUCCAGUUCCUUCUUCCUUUUCAGCUCCUGCUUCUGGUGACAACUGCCCAGAAACUGAUAAAAACGACCCGCCAACACCUGCCCCAACAUCUGAGUCCCCUCGCCAAGAGAAAGCGUCGAAGGAACGUGCCCAAGCCAAGAGUAUAUCUGUUGAUGAUUCUUCCUCGUCUCAUCACGAACCAUUGACGCCAGAUUCCGGUUGCCAUAGCUCCCCAAGUGAGAGCCCAAGGCCAGUGAAGAAACCAAGGCAGUGCAGGGAUGGUGCAUUUUCCAAAUCAGAAAUGAUACUUGCACAUCAGAUACUGGAGUCAAGUUUAAACUCCACUUACAAGGAAUCACACUCAGUUUUUCCAGCCGGGGAAAAGUUCGAUCCUUCGUCUGGAAUAUCGAUAGGGGAUCAACACCGAUUAGACUAAACCACAAGGUUGUCUUAGUUCAAGUGUUUCAUGUUUUUACUAUAAGUUAUCUUCCACGGUUAGCUCUAGUUGUAGUUGUGUUAAGUCUUCACGUACUGUGGUGUAUCAUAUCUCGGCACAUAAAUAUUUUCCUGAGUAGGACCAAUAUUUGAUGUACCAUGACCGAUCAUGUCGACAAUCGGAGUAGGACCGUUGUUUAAACUAGAGAAUUUUUAGAGUUGAAUUCGAUCUUUGCGUUUGCUUUAUAAUAAUGACCUUCCCCUU